GCGCAGCGCGGACGCUUCUUCUUCUCUCCUCCCCCUUCAGACCCCGCCGCUCCACUCCAUCUCUCCCUCUCUCUUUUCCUCUCUCUCUCUCUCUCUCGCUCUCUUUCUCUCGCUCUCUCUCUCUCUCUCUCUCCCCCUUUCUUAAAUUGACAUUGGUCUGGCUCGAAACAUGAUAACAGAAAAGCCUUCCUCCGAUCCGCGUUGUCGGGCAGUCCUCAACCCCGAUCACUUCAAACUGAAAUAAGCAGGCGCAAAGAAGGAAAGGGAUCGCACAGUGUCUCUAUCAGAGGGAAUACCAAGAGACCUUUAUACCGCACGCACACACCCUCGUAUGUGCUCUUGCGCAUCGUAGAUCUUAGAAAGUGCUCGUGUUGAACUAGAGUGAAAGUUAACAUGUAUAUGCACGCUUUGAUACGCGCAAGCCUUGGAUUUGUAGGUUUCUGCUUGGUCGCCUUUGUCCAACAGUCAGCUUCAGGAAGUAAAGCCACUCAAGAUGUGGACGAGUGUGCAGAGGCGGUUGACAACUGCAGCAUCGAUGCAAUCUGUCAGAACACCCUGAAGUCAUACAAAUGUAUCUGCAAGUCAGGCUAUAAAGGGGAUGGCAAACACUGUGAAGAUGUCGACGAGUGUGCAAAUGAAUACAACGGUGGCUGCGUCCAUGAGUGCAUUAAUAUCCCAGGAAAUUACAGGUGCACAUGCUAUGACGGCUUCCGCUUGGCACAUGAUGGGCACAAUUGUCUAGAUGUGGAUGAGUGCUCUGAAGGUAACGGCGGAUGCCAGCAGAUUUGUGUCAACAUGAUGGGCAGCUACGAGUGCCGCUGCAGAGAAGGAUUCCUCCUGAGUGACAACCAGCAUACCUGUAUCCAAAGACCCAAAGUGCAAUCAGAUGGCGGAAAAGAGGGACCCACCUGCAUGGACAAGAAUCACGGCUGUGCACACAUCUGCAGGGAAACACAGAAGGGUGGCAUCUCCUGUGAGUGUCGACCUGGAUUCCAGCUCACGCGUAACAUGAAGGACUGCAAAUUGACGUGUAACUACGGUAAUGGAGGUUGCCAGCACAUCUGCGAGGAGACUGACCACGGCCCCAAGUGUUCGUGCCACAUGAAGUUCGUCCUGCACAGCGAUGGAAAGACUUGUGUAGGGGAGAGGAGUGUCCAGUCCCAGGCAGCCCCCCAGCUGUUCCCCAAUGAGACCUGUGCAGUGAACAAUGGCGGAUGUGAUAGCACAUGUCAUGAUUCAGUGACAGGAGUCCGCUGCAGCUGUCCUGUUGGCUUCACUCUGCAGCCGGACCGCAAGACCUGCAAAGACAUUGAUGAGUGCCGUCUGAACAAUGGUGGGUGUGAUCAUGUGUGUCGAAACACAGUGGGCAGCUUUGAGUGCAGCUGCAAGAAAGGCUACAAGCUGCUGACCAAUGAGAGAACUUGUCAAGACAUCGACGAGUGCUCUUUUGAUCGCGCCUGCGACCACUUCUGUGUCAACUCUGCCGGCAGUUUCCAGUGCCUGUGUCACAAAGGCUACGUUCUCUACGGCCUCGCACACUGCGGAGAUAUUGAUGAAUGCAGUAUAAACCAUGGAGGUUGUAAGUUCGGCUGCGUCAACGCUCAGGGGAGCUACGACUGUACCUGUCCACCAGGGUACAAGCUGCACUGGAACAGGAAAGACUGUGUUGAGUUGAUGAAAUGUGCUCUUGGACUGGUGGCACCAAAGGCCACUCUGACCUGUAGCAAGACGGGCAAGAAAGAGAGCUGCUCUCUCACCUGUGCCUCUAAGGCUCACUAUCUGGCAGAGUCUGACAACAGCUACUCAGUCAGUUGUGGUAUCCCCAUCUUUAGAGGGAAGUCUCCCGCCAGGCUGAACUCCAGCAGCAGUCACAGCUGCAUAGAGACUUCGGCCCCUCCAGUGAAGCAGACGGCUUCUUUCAAGAUUAAAAACGCUAAAUGUCACCUGCACCCGAAGCUGACCGGCAGGACGGAGGACAGAGGACGGACACUUGGACCAGGAGGGGGGCAGCCCUGCAGCAACUGCCUGGUGACAUUUGUUAACCUUAAAUGUGACUCCUCUAAGAAAACCAAAGGGCGACGUGCUCGCAACCCCUCCAACAAAGAGGUAACACGCAUUACUUUGGAGCUGGAAGCUGAGGUCAAACCUGGAGACACUACAGGGAGUUGCAAUCUGAGCUGCCUGAGACAGCGCAUGGAGAAGCAGGUUAAGACGUAUAUAAAGGCUCUGAAGAAAUCCAUCAACCAGGAGCGCUUCCUGAUCCGCGUUGCUGGUUUGGAAUACGAGGUGGCCCAGAAACUUCCGCAGACGGCUCCCACCCACGAGAACUGUGGGCCGGGCUGGGAGAGGGACAGUGGUCGAUGUGUCAGAUGCUUGUCGGGGUCGUACUACCACGGUGAGCAGGAGCGCUGUGUCCAGUGUCCGCCCGGCACUUUUCAGGAGAAAGAGGGACAGCUGGCCUGUGACCUCUGCCCCGGCAGUGACGGCCACGGGCCUGUCGGGGCACGAAACAUCUCCUCCUGUGCAGGCCAGUGUCCAACGGGGUCCUCCUCCAACGAUGGGUUCAAACCAUGUCAGGCGUGCCCUCUGGGCUCCUACCAACCAGAUUUGGGACGCACCCUGUGCUUCCCCUGUGGAGGAGGACUGGGCACCAAGCGGGAAGGUGCCAGCUCCUUCCAUGAUUGUGAAGUCAAAGUCCAGUGUUCUCCGGGUCAUUACUACAACACCACGGUGCACCGGUGUAUCCGCUGCCCCGUGGGGACGUAUCAGACGGAGUUUAGACAGAACUACUGUAUUACCUGCCCGGGCAACACCACCACUGAUUUUGAUGGUGCCACAAGCGUCUCGCAGUGCAAGAACAGGCAAUGUGGUGGCGAGAUGGGCGAAUUCAUGGGUUACAUCGAAUCACCCAACUAUCCCGGUAAUUACCCUGCCAAUGUGGAGUGCAUUUGGAAUAUCAACCCGCCCAGCAAGCGCAAGAUUCUUAUUGUGGUGCCGGAGAUUUUCCUGCCUUCUGAGGAUGAGUGCGGAGAUGUGCUGGUUAUGAGGAAGAACUGGUCGGCUACAUCCAUCACCACCUACGAGACGUGUCAGACGUACGAGCGGCCCAUCGCCUUCACAGCUCGCUCCAGACGUCUCUGGAUUAACUUCAAGUCCAAUGAGGCCAACAGCGCCAGAGGCUUUCAGAUCCCCUACGUUACUUACGAUGAGGACUAUGAGCAGCUCGUAGAGGACAUAGUGCGAGAUGGGAGACUCUAUUCCUCAGAAAACCAUCAAGAAAUCCUCAAGGAUAAAAAACUGAUUAAGACUCUUUUCGAUGUGCUGGCUCACCCAAACAACUACUUUAAGUACACCACUCGGGAGUCCAACGAGAUGCUUCCCCGCUCCUUCAUACGCCUCAUAAGCAGCAAAGUCUCGGCUUUUCUGCGACCAUACAAGUAAAAGCUCACACAGCUGCCGAAAGCACCGGACCGUGACCCCUCCCCCUCCCCCACUGGACUUAAACAUAAUAGUAUGUUUACCCUCUCUUAUUUUUCAUAGGCUUUGACAAACAUUAUGCUGACCUGAGAAAUACUGAAAAUGUGUGUUUUGGGUUUGUUGUCCGUUUCCGUUCAGCAGGGAUGUAGAGUGUGAGAGGGUUAGGUUGUGCAAUGAAACUAGAAAGCAGUGACGUUUUGAUAUUGUGUUUGCUUAAAUGAGUGGUCUGAGUUGCUACCAUUUAAGUAUGACUAAGUGUUGUGUAACCCUAGUUCCAUCUCCAGUGUCUGUGCGGUCCUCGAGGAGGAGCGGUUGUUAAAUUCAUGUCGCAGCUGCGUUCCAGCUCAUUUAAAGCCUUACUAUAUUUGAGCUCUUAGAGCAGUUUCCAAGGGUUUUACUGUUAAAACAGUUAUCUAUGUUUUGUACCAGCGUUUUCCAACCUUCAGAUCAUUUGUUUUGUUUUUUUUUAAGCCAACCUAAAGCAAAUAAAAAUAGGUGGUUUAUCAUUCCAGGAACAUAGUGGACAUUUGGGAGAUGAAUAACAAACUAAUAAUUGUGAGAGCCACAGAAAUGAGAUAAUGUGAUGUCUAGUGGAACAUGUCUCUGAGAGAGAGAGAGAUAGAGAAAUGUCUUUGAGGGACAUUGUUUGCUGCUUCUUUUUUAAAAAGGUCACUUUAAUUCUUCAAUCGCAUAUUGUCUGUCUUUCUGAUGUACUCUACACACUAAUAGUCUCUACGUUUUAAAAGUAAAGUAAGCUCCACGUCUGAAACACUUUAGUUCUUACACACAGUAAGUUGAUAAUGUCACAUUGCCUUUCUGUGGACUACCAGUUUUGUGUUUUUAUUUCAAUCUUGUAAAUAAUGAAAAUGAAUUAGACAAGGGUUGAAUUCUUUAAUCCUAAAUUUGUUACGCAGGACCCCCAAAAUCACUUUCUGCCCCACCUGUCUCAAAUCCAAAGACACCCAGCCCCCCCCCCCCCCCUCCUCUUCAAAACACAUUGUUCUGUCCCAAUGAAGACAGCUCUUCCAAAGACCGCCCAAGAAGGGCGGGUCACUUUGUUUUGUGCACUAAAUUCAGAGCCCGUCAUCCUACCUUUUAGUACAAAGUGCAAUGAAUGAAAACACCUUUAAUUUCGGUUACACCCUAUUGUGACCCACAACAAAGCUUGUUGACUCAUCGUAUUGAAUAUGUAUCAGUACGGGCAGAAGAUGUUUAGGUUUCUACAUGUUACUGCUCUUAUUAAGAAAAGAAAAAAGCAGUAUUUGGUGUGUAGCAAAUAUUCUUUGAGAUUUCAAAAUAGCGACCAAAACAGGGUAAAAAUGAUUAAAGUUUAAAAAAAUCUAACACUUUGCUUCUUGUUAGGAGUUUCUACGACAUUUUGGGAGAGUUACCUCUCGUCUGAACAGUAAAUAUGAAGUUAAAGACUGGAAACAGCUAGCCUGCCUUACCUUUUGUAACUAAAUCUUCCUACCAGCACCUCUAAAGCUCAACAAUUAAAGUCACGCUGCAGUUUUUGGCUGGGGUGCACGCUCAGUAAGACAGUGUAAAGUAUUUCCCAAAAUGUAGGGACUAUUCCUUUUAGAGUCAAAUUGGUACAAUUGACUGGUCACAAUGAUAAUCUAAAAACGCCUCAGCCUGUUCAUUCAAAGAAGUUAAAUUAACAAAUUCUUCAGAGAGUGCGUUUUGUCCCCACUCAUGUAAAUAGAUAAGAUGUUAUACUUCAUAUCCUGUACCAAACUUUAGGAUGACAAAAGGGAUUUUGACCAUUGUCAAACCUAAGGGCGACGCUGGGCCAAGCCAUGAACUCAUCUGUUUGAAAUGCUUCCCAGCAUGCUCUGCUCUAAUUCCCCCCCAUCCCCCCCCAUCCACCAGAAUCAGCAUCUUUCCUGCAACCUGAUAUUAUUUUUGUUUUUUGGUAUUGUUGCCUUUUAACGAGAGUUUGCUAUGAUGUAUCAUAGAGUUGAUAAUAAUAUUUGCACUUGAAUUGUUAUUGCUCAUGUAAAGAAAUGUCUGGAUUUUGUAAUGUCUUUUUAAAUGAAUGGAAUUGGUGUUCUUA